AGACUUCCGUUUACCCUGUACGUGGCAUAGCCACAGAGCAGCACGGAUCAGAAGCUGCUCUGCAUUUACUUUGACAUACCAACUUGCAACCUGCCAGUCUGCAGGAUCUGUCGCGGCACAGAUACGUUUAGAACUAUAUUUUCAUUGUAAAGAAACUUGCCACGCAUUAACCAUGUUUACUGUGUCAGAAGUGUGCAUUUUACUGACCGUCCUAUGUGCCACUGCGUCGGGCUACUUUGUUAGCAUAGACGCCCAUGCCGAAGAGUGUUUCUACGAGCGGGUUAACUCCGGCACAAAAAUGGGCCUAAUGUUUGAAGUAGCUGAAGGAGGGUUUCUAGAUAUCGAUGUUGAGAUAACUGGGCCAGAUGGUAAACAGAUCUAUAAAGGAGACAGAGAGUCAAGUGGGAAAUACUCUGUGGCAGCACACAUGGACGGGACCUAUAAGUUUUGCUUUAGCAACAAGAUGUCCACCAUGACACCUAAGAUUGUCAUGUUCACCAUUGACAUCGGAGAAGCUCCUAAAGGCCAGGACAUGGAGACAGAGGCUCACCAAAACAAGCUGGAAGAGAUGAUCAAUGAGUUGGCUGUUGCUAUGACAGCUGUAAAGCACGAGCAGGAGUACAUGGAAGUUCGUGAGAGGAUACACAGAGCAAUUAAUGACAACACAAACAGCAGAGUGGUACUGUGGUCCUUCUUUGAAGCACUUGUUCUAGUGGCAAUGACACUUGGACAGAUUUACUAUCUAAAGAGAUUUUUUGAAGUUCGACGAGUGGUGUAAUGAAAUGAAAGUUGCCUCUUUGUCCCCACUAUGUCCCAACAUCAAGAUUGUUAGCUUCACUUUGCAAAGCGAGACUGGCUGUUUCGGUGAAUGCUGCAUUUUUUUUUUUUUUUUUACAUUUGAGUUCACUAUGAUCAUUUUUUUUGUUUCUAAUGAUGAACUAAGAGCCAAAAUAGCGUUUUUGUUUUCUUUAACAGAGUCCCUUUAUUUAAUACAGUUCAGAGUUAUUGCCAGUACAGUUUGUGAUGACAGACAUUAAUUUUAGGUUAGUUUUCACUGUUUUAAACUCAUUAUUCAGUUACAUGUGGGGUUUAUUUUCUUGAUUCUCAACCACACAGAACAAUGUACAGGUUAUAUUGUUCAACCUGCACAUUGAAGACUAACUGCACUCCUGAUAAAUGUAUCUGCUAAUUUGAAGGUAUUUUUCAGGCAAAUUGUACAUUUUUUUUCUUGACUUCUUUUUAUCUUUACAAUUCUUUCUUUUGCUUUAGCAAUCUAUGUAGGAUGACACUUAAAUUGUUGAGUUUCAUGACAAAUUAUAUUUUCAACUAUCCUGCCUACAUCCAAACAGUAGGAUUCAAACAAAUGAACCAGCACUGGAUUGAAACAAAGGGUUUUUGGUAACCAUGGAGUGGUGCUGAAAUGUUACAUGUUGAUUGGUUUGGGAUGGGUUAAUGGGGAGGGAUCCCUAAUGACUGCUGUGUGCAUUAGUUGCUUAUAUUAGAGUUAUUAAGUUGGGUUUGGGAAUUUUAAAUUAUGUUAUUGUACACAUUUUAAAUUGUUUGUUUCUGGAGUAUGUUUAGUGACAUGUAAACAUUUUUUGUGCGUGACAUUCUCAAAAAGUGAUCGUCCAUUUUUCCUCAGUAAAAUACAUAUCAUUAAAUAUGCUCCAGUUUUGUAUUACCAAUGUUGAGCUUAAGUUGUUUACCUGCUCAAGUCACAGGAUCUUCCUGUGAUUAAAAUAGUCCAAUAAACUGAUCUGUAUAAAUGACAAAUGGUUGUGGAAAAUGCCCCAUGUUUCAUAAUAAAGACAAUAUUAUAUAA